GGAGGCGGCGGCGGCGGCUUGUCCUCGCUGGGGCGCUCAGCACGCUGGAGCCCGCGAGCUUGCGGAGCUUUACUCGCCCGGGAAACGUCUGCAAGAAUGGAUUAGUGUCAUCUUGUGUUUUUCUCUGAUGUCUUUCAACUUCUACAAGCUCCUCUUCUGCUUGAGACUGGAACAUGCCUUCUCAAUUAUUAUUGGGAUAUUUGCAGGAGUUAUUACUGCUGACUUUGUCUCGGGUCUGGUACACUGGGGAGCAGACACCUGGGGAUCUGUAGAUCUGCCAAUUGUUGGAAAGGCUUUUAUCAGACCUUUCAGAGAACAUCACAUUGAUCCAACAGCAAUUACUAGACACGACUUCAUAGAGACCAAUGGUGAUAACUGCAUGUUGGCAGUCGUUCCAUUGGCAAACAUGGCCUACAAAUUGGUGUCUUUAGCACCAGAAGCAUUACACCAAACGUGCCCUUGGGAGUGCUACGUCUUUGCCCUGGCUGUAUUUGCAACGUUGACAAACCAGAUUCACAAGUGGUCCCAUACAUACUUUGGUCUUCCUCGAUGGGUGGUCUUCCUGCAGGAUUGGCACAUUAUCCUGCCACGGAAACACCACAGGAUCCACCACGUGUCUCCUCAUGAAACUUACUUCUGUAUUACUACAGGAUGGCUGAACUACCCACUGGAGAAAAUUAGGUUUUGGAGGUUCCUGGAGAAUAUCAUUCAAGGAGUGACGGGAGAAAAACCUAGAGCAGACGACAUGAAGUGGGCUCAGAAAAUAAAAUAACUCUUGCCAAGCUUCUGCUGUCCUUAUACUUGUUGCCAAUAUUUUUAAAAGAAAAAAGCCAUCAGCCAAAUUAAAGACUUGCAAACAAAUAAUGGACUAAAAGCACAAUGCUUUUUUUAAAAAAGUGCUAACAGACUGCAGUUAAAGGACUCACUCCUCAGAAUAAUACUUGAAAAUGCAAGCGGCUUGUUCCGUUUGUCCCGAGCACCUUCUGUUAGCCUCAUCUGCCGAUGUUGAACGUUUUCAUCCUUGAGUCUCAAAAGCCAUUAGUCAGAGAAGACACUGUUCCAUUUCUAGUAGUAUGUCAUUGGCACAGUAAAAUGUGUUGUAUCAACAUGAAUUUACCACACUGAAAGUCAUGUAAGACACCAGGAAAGCAAACAAGCAGUACCUUUUAAGGAACAGAUUUGAACGUUCACUGCAUGAGAACCAGUCAGAGGAAAGGGAGAUUUUAUGAAACUUGUCACCACUUCAGUGCGUUUAGUGUUUUGUACACCUUGCUGUCAUCUUGCUAUCAUGUCAAGUCUUGGUCUAUGUGGUGCGUGUGCAACAGAACAUUGAAGAGUCUCAUUCUGCUAGUGGAUUAAGGAUCUUCGCUGUUGUUUGUCUCCUGAAAUAAACAAGUGUUUCCUUGAUACCUGAGCAGACUUUUGCUGUAUAAGCCUGUAACUAACUUGGUAGAUGUCUGAGGAAAAGAAGAACGUAUUUUUCGCAAGUGUCAGACAUAUAAAGCACUUGCCUUAGGCCGUUUAGUGUUUCAGUUACUGGAUUUGUUUUGUUAUAAUUUCUCUUCCAAUAAUCACUGUUUAAAGUAGGACAUAGAAAAAUUGGUCACAUCAUUAAAUUUAUGUUAGAAGGAAUAGGACAAUGGUGUAUUUUAAAAGGUGCUUGCUGAUUCAUGUAAAUAUCAUAAAGCCUUAAUCCCUUUGGUGUAACAUGAAAUAAUAUUUUAAUGUGGUCUGAAUGUAUAUAAUUUAUAACAAAGCAGUCCAAUUAUAAUAAUUGUGUUAAA